AUGGGGAUCCGACAGUACGAUUCAUCAUCUGAAAAUGUCUCCGGACCCAGUAGCCCCGAAACGUUGGCUACUCGGUUUGGCCGUCUUCAUAUCUUGGAUGACUUGAUCCGACUACGAGCAGAGGAUGUGACGCAGUAUCCUCUGUUGGCUUAUCCUCGACCCUCCACCGACGGCCAUGUCUCGUAUGAGUAUUUCACCGGACAGGAUCUGGACUGGAUGGUCGAUCAGGUGGUCUGUACUUUGAUGGACUACGGUUUUAAACCGCCUCGAGGUGAAGGCGCCACCGUUGCCCUCUUCACCACGUCGGAUAUGAACAUGGUUGUGACCUUUUUCGCCCUCAGUCGACUCGGAUACACGGUGAUGAUGCUGUCUCCUCGCCUCUCCGCCGUCGCCUGCGUGUCGUUGCUGGACGUCGUGGGCUGUGACACCGUCCUGUACGGACAGAGCCCCAGCAUCCGGGCCACGAUGGGGGAGAUCCUUCGUCUGAAGCUGGUGACCUGUCGUCCGAUUAUCGCGAGACCGUCGCUGCAAGACACGGCGCUGGACUCGACCGUGAUGGUGCUUCACCGGAGCCGGAAUCCGGAAAUCCAGAAGAAUAAGAUCGCCUUGGUGCUGCAUUCGUCCGGGUCGACGGGCACGCCUAAGCCUCUCUUCCUCAGUCACAAGGCCCUCAUGACCCAUCCCACGCGGGGACCUGGACUCACAUCUUUCAACUCCCUGCCGUGGUAUCAUCUGCAUGGCUUGUCCACGGCACUGCAAGCUAUGUAUAUGAGGAAGACGGCCUUCAUGUGGGAUGCUUCAUUACCUCUGACGGCAACCUCGGUGGUGGCUGCCUUGGAAGCUGCGCAGCCUGAAUCAGUGCAAGGGGUGCCCUACAUGCUUCAGCUUCUGGUGGACAACCCCCGAGGGCUGGAAGCUCUACGGAACUGCAAACUGGUGACGUAUGGAGGUGCACCCUGUCCGGACGAGCUGGGAGACCGAAUGGUGGAGGAGAAGGUGCGGUUCGGCGGGUCAUUUGGCCUAACGGAAGCGGGUCUGGUGGCCGAAUCCAUAUCGCGUCCCGCCAGUGAUCCAUACUGGAACUACAUGAAGUUCUUCGACAACAUCCAAUCCUACGUGUGGAUGAAGCCCAUCGGCAACGAGCUGUACGAAUGUGUUUACCUCUUGGGACAUCCGGCGCUGACGACGUCCAAUUCGAACGAACCGCCGGGCUCGUAUCACUCCAAGGACGUCUUCACGCCGCAUCCUGUGCUUCCGAACCGGUGGAAAUACGUCACUCGACUCGACGACCGCAUCACCCUGGUCAACGGCGAGAAGGUGCUUCCGCUGCCGAUAGAGGGAUCCAUAAAACAGAGCCCGCUGGUGCACGAAGCCGUCGUCGUCGGCGUCAAUCGCAGCGUGCCGGGACUGCUGGUCUUCCGGUCCGACGAGGUGAGGAUUGAUUCGGACUCGAAGUAUCUGGAUCGGAUCUGGCCGGUCAUCGAAGAGGCCAAUUCGAGAGCCGAGCAGUUCUCCCAGAUCUCUCGAGACAUGGUGGUUGUCUUACCCUGGGAUGCAGUGUGUCCGCGGACAGACAAGGGAUCAAUGAUCCGGGCACAGGUCUACGCGAAAUAUGCCGAUGUGAUUGACAAAUUAUACGCCGAAUCGGAGCAGACAGUGCAUGGCACCGUGGAGCUGGAUGUAAAUGGUACCGAAGAGCUCCUGAUGAAGCUUUGUCGUGACGAGCUGGGCAUUCACAUCUCCAGUGUUCAUUCCGAGUUCUUCGCUGAGGGCGUAGACAGCCUCAAAGCCAUCCAUAUGCGGCGAUUGAUUCUCCAACACUUUAAAAUCCAGGAUAGCCAGAGUGUCGGUCAAAAUGUAGUCUUUGAAACGGGGACUAUAUCUCGUCUGGCAGAAUACAUCCACGCGGUUCAAGACGGCCAGGAAAUUCAGACAACCACGGACGAGAUGGCACUGAUGCCACGGUUAAUUGAAAAGUAUUCCUCGUUCUUCAGACACAAGCCCAACCACGAGGUGACCGGACGUAGCCGGAGUGUUAUUCUAACCGGUGCGACGGGAUCUACGGGAGCACAUACUCUAUAUCGACUGCUGAAUGACGACUCAGUAUCAGCUGUGUACUGUCUGACCCGACGCGCGCAACCCAAGGAAUCCAUCCUACAAGCCAUGGCACAGAAAGGCCUGAACGUGCCCCGAUUCCGCAGCGACAAGAUCAUCGCGCUGCAGUGUUCCCUGGAAGAGUCUGAUUUUGGGGUGGACUACGAAUACCUAAGGCAGAUGAAGCAAUCCGUAUCCCUGAUCAUCCACACUGCAUGGCCGGUCAACUUCAACCUCCCUCUAAAGAGCUUCGAACCACAUAUCAAAGGCCUAUACAACCUCAUCAACUUCUCGUUAUCAGUUAACCUACCCAAGCCUGCCGUUCUCCUCUUCUGCUCCUCCAUCUCCACGGCACUGGGAUCAUCCUCUCCCACUGUCGACGAAGUCCCAAUGGACGAUCUACACAGCGCACUUGACAUGGGCUAUGCUCGAUCAAAGCUCAUCGGCGAGCAGAUCAUCAGCAACGCGCGAAAAUCUGGCGCUCGGAGCUACUCGUUGCGCACCGGACAGAUAUCAGGGCACUCGAAACGAGGACUCUGGAAUGACAAUGAAGCCAUCCCAUUGAUGAUCCGCUCCGCAUUGACUUUACAUGCUCUACCGGAUUUGAAGAUGACCUGUUCAUGGCUGCCGGUGGAUAAGUUGGUGAGUUCGAUACUGGAGAUCGCAAAGAGAUGUUCUACCUCGGGCGACUCGGAAAUCGAAACCGAGACCGACGAGAUAGAGGGAGACGACACAAUUUACAACCUGUGCAACCCACGCGAAUUCACUUGGUCAUCUAUGCUCGAUACCCUCCGACGCAGGGGCUUCACAUUCUCAACCGUUCCAUUCAGCGAAUGGCUUCGUCUACUCCGCGAGAGUGAAUCUCGCGGCGAGGAGACUGUAAAUCCAGCCGUGAAGUUAGCAGAUCACUACGAGGCUAUGUACGGCCACGACCAGGAGACAGAGACAUCUCGUAUGCCGCGAUUCCUGACGGAAAAGGCAGAAAGAGACAGUAUGACGUUGCGAAAUGGUCGGUUGCGGAUCAUCGAAGAUGGGAUAUUAAGUCGGUAUGCGUUGGAUUGGUUGAACAGGUGGAAGACGGCCUAG